AUGGAGGCGGGAAAGCUUUUCCGUCCAAUUCCGUUAGAAUUGAACCCCAGAAAACGGCAUCACUCCCCUUCUCCCAAGCUCAUUCGCCAUUUCUCUUCUUACUCUCGCUCCCUCACCGUCAGCGUUACGGCUUCGCUGAAUUCUCAGGAAGAUUAUCAAGGACCAAAGCCUAAGAAGGAAUGGGUGGCUGAUUGGGUAUCCAAAAACGACGACGUCGUUAGGAGCUUGCCCAUUUAUGUUGGAGGUCUGUCUUUAGUUGCUGUUCUGUUCAACCGCGCUAUCUCCGGCAUUGCUCCGGUUGCUGACGCCAGCAGUUCUCAGUCUAGAGCAGAUCUUCUGACCCUCGGAUUGGCUGUCACAAAUAUUCUAAAUGGACUUGUGUGGCUUUCCAUCAGACCAAAGACGAUAUACCCAGUAAAUCCAGAUGGUGUGGAGUGCCAACGGAUAUGUUCGCUCCUUCCAGAUAACGUUGUGUCUGAGCUUCUUUGGUGGUGGGAAUCUCUAUCUGAUGUGACAUGCUGUGUAUCCUUAGUUAUAGUGUAUGAAAAAAGAUGCAUCAUGCAAGUUGGGUUUGCUGCUAUGGCUUCUUCUGAACCUGAUGUUGCAAUUGGAGUUGAUGCUGACAAACUGAUGGAAGGAUCACUUUACCAGGGUAUUAUGAGAUCUAAAUCACAAAGUUACCUGGCAAACUUAUCUCUUUAUCCUGCUAAGUCUGAAUUGCCAUUUCUACCUUCAAACACACAGGCCGUCAUCUUGCAACCUCUUGGAGAUUCAGGACUUGCUGUAAUAGGUGGUGACACGAUAAGAGGAUUCACAACUUCUGACCAGGCAUGGAUCUCCUUGGUAGGACAAAAGUUAGAUGCUACGCUUGGGAAAAUGAGUGGUAUUCCAGUACUGCAAGAGAUAGAAAAGGCAAGUUGA